GUACGACAUGUGCACCCCUACACAGUGUUAGGGAUAAUCAGUCCCUUCGUAGACAUCAAUAUGGACGUUACCACACAUUCAGCGUACAGAGACUACAAAUGGGCCAUUGAAUUAAAUCGAAUCAGUUUAACAUUCCUCGGCGUUUGGCCAGAGAAUAACGAAACUAAGCAGGAAAAGUUAAUGUCGGACAUACGUGUGAUCGUAAUAUUAAAUAUAAUGACCUGGGCCUGCCUUUUUCCAACACUACAUUCAUUGCUGAAGAUUUAUGAUGACAUAAUGUCAACAAUCGAUAAUUUGCAAUACACCUUACCGCUUCUAAUAGCCGUAAUAAAACUGUUCAUCAUUUGGCAAAAAAAAUCUGACGUUCUACCUUUAUUAAACAUGAUCAAGGACGAUUGGUUGAGACCAAAAACGUCGGAAGAGAGGAACAUCAUGAUAAAACAUGCGCGAAUCGCACGCAUUUUUACGAUAUUCGGUUUCUUGUUAAUGGAAAUAUCUGCCCUCAUCGUUUUAUUUCUUCCCGUUUUUGGCAUUUCAAUGAGAUACAGAACGAACAGAACGGACUCAGGCAAAUUAUUGCCAUUGCAAUCUUAUUAUUUAUACGAUGUAAGUAACAGUCCACUUUACGAGAUAACGUAUGGUCUACAAAUCUUUAGUGCGGUACUAGCCGGCAUAAUGUAUACUGGCACGGAUACCUUUAUGAGUCUGCUGAUCUUCCACGCAUGUGGUCAACUUGAGAAUCUCAAAACACGUAUUCGCAAUUUGGAUAAAUUCAAUAAUUUUGCAGAUACUUUGUCAAUCAGUGUGAAGGAUCACAUACGUCUUAUCAGGUCCGUCAUAAUUAUUGACAAUACGUUUAAUUUGAUGUUACUUGGAUUGCUAAUUUAUUUUGGCAUACUUUUUGCUCUGUAUGGAUUCUUAUUUGUUUCUAUAAUAACACAAGGUAGCAAUCUUUCUAUCCUACGACUGAUUUAUACUGUGGUGUCCUUUCUCCUUACAUUCGGACACAUGAGUAUAUAUUGUGUGUUAGGAGAACUUUUAGUUAUUCAGUGCGACGGGAUUUACGAUGCUGUUUGCCAAUACGAAUGGUACAAUUUGAAGCCCAAGCAAGCAAGAAAUUUUCUGAAUAUAAUGAUGGAAACUAGAAGACCAUUGCAUCUUACUGCGGGAAAACUCUUGCCUAUGACAAUAGCUACCUUAUGUAAUUUAUUACAAACUUCGGGCGGUUAUAUAUCAGUUCUAUUGGCACAUCGUAGUUGAACUAGAAAUCACCUGGACCAAUGUGUCAUCGAAUUA